UUCAGGUCCCUCUAUGUAUGAGUGAUGCGUGCUGAGCAGACAAUGGCCUGGAUUCACAGACCAGUUUAAUAGGAUAGGUAGGCAUUAGUGAUAAGACGCUCCCAGCAUCCAGGUGUACCAAAUCCAGUGUGCCAAAUCCACUGUGUGGCACACUGGAUGGUACAUAGUGGUCGGUGGAGAUAUCUGGACCUUUUUUUCAGCACUUUUUGGGGAGACAAAUAAGACAAAGAACAGCAUCUUCCCUCGUUGCCUCGUCGUUCUCCUUCCCCUAUUCCCCCGGUAAGGUUCAGAUUCCCUCGCUGCAACCAUGGUGGUGAUGAAGAUGAAGUUCCCUUUUCAGAAAAGGGUGAAACUGGCCCAAGGACUGUGGCUCCUCUCAUGGGGUGCCACAAUAGCCGGAGCUGUGACCUUCAGCCUGGGGUGCAUCCUAAAGACAGAGCUCCACAGGAGGGCAGAGGUAAUGGACAACUCAAACAUACAUAUUGUGCCCAAUACCCUCAUGAUUGUUGGUCUGGCCUCCUUGGGUAUCAACUACUUUGCAUCAAAGAUCUGUCAGGAUGCUCUUGAUGCGGGUCGAUUUCCUCGCUGGAAAACCUUCUUGAAGCCCUAUUUUGCCAUCUCUUCUUUCUUCACUGUCCUCAUGCUGCUAGCUGUCAUCAUGAGCUAUGUGAUGAAGGGCAGUCUGGAGUCUUCUCUGAAGGUUGGCUUGAAGAAUGGCAUCCGUUUCUACAAGGAUACAGACACCCCGGGCCGCUGCUUCCAGAAACAGAACAUCGAUCGCCUGCAGAUGCAGUUUCAGUGCUGUGGAAACAAUGACUUCAGGGACUGGUUCGAGGUCCAGUGGAUCAGCAAUCGCUACCUUGACUUUAGCUCUAAGGAAGUUAAAGACCGUAUCAAGAGCAACGUGGAUGGUCGUUACUUGGUCGAUGGAGUCCCAUUCAGUUGCUGCAACCCCAGCUCUCCGCGGCCGUGCAUCCAAUAUCAGAUCACCAACAACUCGGCUCACUAUAACUAUGAAUACCAAACUGAGGAGCUCAACAUCUUUCUCCUGGGCUGCAGAGAAGCUCUGGUCAACUACUACAUGGGCCUAAUGAACGCCAUUGGGGCUGGAGUACUGUCAGUCUUCAUCUUACAGGGCUCUGUGCUGGUGAGCCUGCGCUUCCUGCAGACCUCCAUGGAUGCAGUGGAGGGGAAGGAAAACACAGAGGUUGAGACAGAAGGGUACCUGCUGGAGAAAGGAGUGAAAGAGACCAUGAUGGAGUACCUCCAACCUGUCCUGUCGUUCUUCCUGCUUACAAACCAAGUGGAAGAGGGCACCCCAACUCCUGCCCCAGCCUAGACCUCAAAUGAUGUACACACAUGUAAAUAAUUUUUACACAGAGAGGGCAAUUAAUGGAUAAUUAUUUCAAUUUGAAAACAGAAUGUUAAUCACACAUUUCUAUGAAUUUCACAGAUCUAGGGAUAGCGUUUUUUUUUUAUUGUCAGAUGAUCAUCACAGGUAAUAUAAAUAUAUACUAUACUACUGUACCAUGCCAUUCAAAUUCCACUUUCUCCCGGUCAGUGAAAGGCAUAGGAUUAUGAAGAUUGACUAAUCGGUGUCAUUAAUGCAAUGAAGGCCAUCAAGUGUGUCCUCUGUUCGGACACCUCUGUGAAAGCUUUUAAUCCCAUUUGUUAAUACCCAACUUGCUGCCCUUGCAGUUAGACUCCUGCGUCAGGUGGAAGAUGCAGAGUGAACUACGGCU